AUAUAUUGAUCCAUACAUCCACGCCUUAUCCUCCUCUCACUCAGGAAAGAUCCACAUUCCCAACGAUACAACGAUACCCAUCAGUAUAUCAGCAAGCCUACCUAGCUACUGCCAUCAGAGGUACUUCACUAGCAACACUCCCGAGGACAAAUACAAUACACAUCACAAUGGAUCACCUCUGUCCGAGGAUCUCGUUCCCGCUUGCGCCUUGCCUUUCCUGCUUAUCUCAGACUCAGCCGAGCUUCUCGAGCAGAAUGCAAACACAACCCAAACCAGUCGUCGCCAAGGUUAAUUGCUCAUGGCCAACCACCCCGAGAAGUUCAAGUCCAGUAGACAGCGCAUACUCCUCCGAAAGCAACUCAAACUCAUCCGAUGAGAACGAGUCAGACGCGGACGCUUUGGGCAAAUCAUUCAAGGGCGGCAACCCUCUGCCUCACAGCCCUUCAACGAGAUCUCGCUGGCCACGGAAACUUCUUCCACGACUACCGCAUCAUCGCAAAGACUCCGAGACUCUCCCACUAAGCUUAUGGCGGGCACAAUCGCCAAUGGAUAUUCGAGAUUGAUCUCGAACACCCAAGAUCAACCUGAACUCAGCAUCCUGGUUAAGCAUCACUCCAAAGCCGAUACCAGCUCACGCCGCAGUCGAUAUCACUGAGGUGCAUCGUGCGCCCAAGACCACUUCCAUUUGCAUGCCGAUCUGUCA